AUGUCGACGGAACAGUUUCCCGCCUAUGGGCCUGCCCCCCUCCGCUCUGCUCUCAAGACGGAAGAUGAAGGCGACAGAACGCCCCCGGUCAGUGGUUCACUCAAAGCUGUCCAGAUCGCCGAGCCCGUCGAGGAAUACUACGUCGACGACGCCGACCCCAACCAGGCCUCCAAGCUCUAUCGAGUCGGCUCCACCAGCAAGCGCAUGAGCGGCAAGCCCGUUUCGUCGUCGCGCUCCUCCAUCAGCGAAAUCUCGCCCUCGCUGCGUCCGCAGGACGACCCAUCGUCCCAGCCGUCGCGCUCCGCCCGCCAGGACAACCGCCAGUACUAUAGCGAGAAGCUGCUCGCUCAGGUCAGCGACUGGCUCGACCACGAGCGUCACAAGGCUUCGAGCCGCAAGAAGCGCACCCACCUUCAUCACCACCCGCGCCGGUCCUCCAACUCCCCGCCCGACAGCAGGCGCAAGAGUCGCGGCCCUGACGCCGACGACGUCGACCCCGCCGCGCCGCCACCCCAGACCCAGCGUGAGCGGUCCGACUCGGUUGACUCACAAGGCAGCGACGUCUCUCUUGACCGCCUCCAGCGCAUCAUUGAGGACUCCAUGUCUUCCAUGGGGCUUUCGGCCGUCCCUCACUUUAGCCCUCGCCCGCCCAAGAACAAGCUGAAGCGCCGGGGCUCGCUGCGCGCUGCCUCGUCUGACACGGAAUACGGCGAGACCGAUGUGGUCGUCCCCAGCUGCGACGCCUGGCUCGACAACUCCAAGACCCUCGUCUACUCUGGCACUGCCCUCAGCAACGAAGAGCCCGAGGCCACGGCCGUCCGUGUCGCCAAGGAAAAGGAAGUCUGGCUGGUGUUCAAGAAUGAGAUUAUUCGCAUCGCCCACACCCUGAGACUAAAGGGAUGGCGUCGUGUUCCUCUGGGGGACGGCCACAGGAUCUGGGUUGAGCGUCUCAGUGGCGCCCUCACCAACGCCGUCUAUGUCGUCACCCCACCAGCCGACAUCCCCGAGAUCGAGGGCAAGAAGAUGCCGCCCAAGAUUCUCCUCCGCAUCUAUGGCCCUCAGGUUGAGCACCUGAUUGACCGUGAAAAUGAGCUCAAGGUUCUGCAGCGGUUGGCCAGAAAGAAGAUUGGCCCCCGGCUGCUAGGCACCUUUAAGAAUGGUCGCUUCGAGCAGUACUUCAACGCCAUCACACUGCGGCCAAUGGACUUGCGCGAGCCUGAUACCAUGAAGCAGAUUGCCAAGCGAAUGCGCGAGCUGCAUGACGGUAUUGAUCUGCUCCCAUCGGAACGAGACGCUGGUCCUGGUGUCUGGAAGAACUGGGACCAAUGGCUUGACAACGUUGGCCGCAUUGUACAGUUCCUUGACAAGGAUCUGCACAACAUGCCUGAGGGGCCUCGUGCUACCUCUGUGGUACAUGCCUGGAAGGCCAACGGCUAUGUCUGCGGAGCACCCUGGCCACAAUUCCGGGACGCUGUCGUCAAGUUCCGGGCCCACCUCGACAGCUCCUACAAGAACCAGAAAGCGAUUCGCGAGAGCCUCGUCUUUGCCCACGCCGAUACACAAUACGGCAACAUUCUGCGUAUCCGUCCCGACGACGAAAAGUCGCCUCUUCUCCAGGCUGCCAACAAGCACAAGCAGCUGAUUGUCAUUGACUUUGAGUAUGCCGCCGCCAACACGCGCGGCCUCGAGUUUGCCAACCACUUUACCGAAUGGACCUACAACUACCACGACCCCGUCACCUCGUACGCCUGCAACGAGGAGCGCUACCCGACACCCGAGGAGCAGCACCGCUUCAUCAAGGCCUACGUCGACCACCGCCCGCAGUUUCCCGCCCUCGGCACUCCGCGCAUGCAGCCCCAGGACGCCGCUGCUAACACGGCCGCCAACACAGCCGCCAACAGCGGAUCCGCGUCGGGCAGCGGCACGCCCUCGCUGCUGCCGACCGCGUCGAGCAGCUCCAUUGUCGAAUUCAUGCUCGAUGCCCGCGCCCCGGCCGGCGGCUGGACUGCCGCCGAGCGUGCCCGCGAAGAGCAGAGCGACGCUCAGGUCCGCGAGCUAAUGGAGUCGACACGCCUCUGGCGCACUGCCAACAGCGCCAUGUGGGUGGCCUGGGGUGUUGUUCAGGCCAAGAUUCCCGGUCUCGACGAAACCAACACCCCCGUAGCCCAGGAAGUGGCCGAUGCGGCCGAGGCCGAGAUGGGCAUUGACGAAUUUGACUAUCUGAGCUACACGCAGAGCCGUGCAUUCUUCUUCUGGGGUGACUGUGUCAAGCAUGGCAUCGUCACAUUGGAGGAGCUGCCGGAGACUCUGCGCAAGCACAUCAAGAUGAUUGACGUUUAG